AUGAAUUCCAGCAACGAGGAGGAUCCGUCUCCCGUCUUUUUACUCGACAGGCCGGCCUUUAAGAAAUUCCUUGAGAGCCACCAGUCACGAGAACGUCGAUUCAUCGAGACAUCAACGAGCGAGACUACUUCCACCACUGAGCAACUAACAACGACUACUGCCCCCGAUGAGACUUCGACCGUCCACGACCCCGACUGGACUCCCGACACCACAAUUGACACUACCUCCACUCACUUUCCGACUACAACGCAAACGAUCGAAGGUGACCCGACUUCAACGGUUGCUGAUCCUACCACAAGCACUAGCACCAAUUCAGCAAACGACCCUGAUUGGGAGCCCAGCUCAACUGUAGACACGACAUCGACUCAGUUCCCGACGACUACGACUACUACAACCACUACCUCUACGAAAACGACAAAACGAAACUGGUUUCUCGAAUUUCUCGAUAUUUUCGGUUUCAAUUGGUAA